GAGCUAGAAUAAUAGAAAUAAGAAUUCAAAAUUUCGUGAUAUCUGCGUUGACACGUCUGUCUUGAAAGAGUUCCCACUUCUUAAUAUACCAUAUCGGAGCACAAAUUUUGCAUCUACUAGUUGUGAAACUCCCGACAAGUAAUAACUCUCCCCAAAACUCCAAAAUGUUCAAAUAUUUUACUAUACUCCCUAUCUUCCUCGCAUCACUCCUGGCCUCUUCAACUCCACUACCUCUAACAGAAACGACUCUCUCCACUGAUUACACAUCCCAAGGCUAUCUUAUAGCCCUCAACGCAUCAGCGCCUUAUUUUGCAGGAGCUGGUCCUAUCGCCGGCUGCAUAACCUCGAUUUUCACUUGGACACUCGACACUACUGCAUGUGGUCUCUUUGAUGGCACUCGCACUGUAUAUAACAAAAGUAUCGGGAUGUGGAUGUAUGCAUUUGGAAGUGAAGCGGGUACGUGCGGUCUUGUUGAAGGUGGCCGAGUAACAUGUUCGGCAACUGGGGUUGAAAACCAGGGAAAGUGGAGCGCGCCCAACUCUACAAAAUCGGGUGUGCCAUUAUACAUGAUGGGCUGGGCAAAUUGGCCAGUUCAAAGGUGGCCGAGCAGUGGAGUAGAUGUUGAUGUUUGGAAUACUUUGGUGGAUAAUCCUGCGCCUGGAAUUUAUUUGGAUGGGUUUGCCAGAUCGUUUAGUGUAAGAUGGCAGGCUGCAUGAUCUCUGCAGAGGUCAAUAUCUGAAUUUGGCGUUGGUAUGGACUGGUUAAGAUGGGAGAUGGAGCAGUCUGCAUGAAAACUUUACUUCAAAAAAGUAAGACUGGUCUCUUGAUUGGAUUUAUGAUUUUUUUUCUUCUCGGAAAUGGGACAGGAAAAAGAUGCAAUGGACAAAGGUGGAGUAACUGUAUUCAUCACUUCAUCCAUCGUAAAUUUAAUGAAGGAAAAUCUCUUCAACAUUCCAUAAAUUAUUCAUAAGACUUUCGAUAACU